AUGCGUCUAAACUGCUUGUUGAUUUUGGUAUUAACUGUCCAAAUAUCUCUUUCGAUAUUAUCUCACAGAAUAAGACUUGGAGAAAAAAUUAAACCACCUCCUAAUUAUGAAAAGAAUUCAUUUACGGAAUUUCUUGACCAUUUUUCUUUUGGUCCUUCGCACAAAUUCAAUAUUACCUACUUACUCUCCACAGAGAAAUGGAAACCUGGCGGGCCAAUAUUGUUUUACACUGGGAAUGAAGGGUCAAUUGAGCACUUUGCCGGAAAUACGGGGUUCAUGUUUGAAUUGGCCGAAAAAUUGACCGGUGCUGUGAUAUUCGCUGAGCACCGCUAUUAUGGCACGUCUCUACCCUUUGGCAAUCAAUCAUUCACUGAUCGGAAACACUUUGGUUACCUGAUCGCUGAACAAGCACUGGCUGACUAUGCGAAACUUCUCACCGAUUUCAAGUGUGCAAAUCGCAAAUUUGCAAAUUCUCCAGUAAUAUCUUUCGGCGGUUCUUAUGGUGGCAUGUUGACUGCUUGGUUUAGGCAAUCUUUUCCGAAUGUUGUUGCUGGUGGUUUAGCGGCUUCAGCACCAGUUUGGCUGUUUCCUGGAAUGAGUGACUGUCGGGGGUUUUUUCAAGUUACAACUAGGGCUUAUCAACAAGGUGGUGGUUUACAAUGCACAUCAGAAAUUCGCCAAAUCUGGUCUCUAAUUGAUGAAAUUGUAAAGAAGCCGAAUGGAUUGAGUGAUCUCUCAAGGGCGUUCAAGACAUGCAAACCGUUUCCAAAUGGGGAUUUCGUUUUAGAUUUUGUGGAAGACUAUUUAGUCACUCUUGCUAUGGCAAACUAUCCCUACAGCACAUCCUUUCUUGGAGAACUUCCAGCGUGGCCUGUGAAGGUAUAUCUCAUAACUUCUCAUUCCUUAGAGUUUUGUAAGGCUAUGGUCAAUUGUCCAACUCAAGGAAAACUUUCACCGCAGGUUGAAAAGUUUGCUUGCGCCUUCUUUUCUCUUUAUAAUUACAAACAGGAAGACACGUGUCUUUCUUUUGACUCUGGUUCCGAGAAUCUGGACUCUAGGGGCUGGGAAUUGCAGACAUGUAUGGAAAUGACCAAUCCAAUAUGCUCUGAUGGGAAAAUCGACAUGUUCAGACCAAGAGGAUGGGACCCGAUCGAAUUCUCAAAUAGUUGUCAAGACAGAUUUGGAAUUCGACCUCGAAUGAAUUGGGCUGGAUUGCAAUGGUGGGCCAAGGACAUUACCACUGAUACCAGGCUUAUAUUUAGUAAUGGUGACUUAGAUCCUUGGUCAGCAUUUGGAGUUUUGAAUGAGACAUCUGCUCCUGGUGCCACAAUAAUCCGCAUUGGACGUGGAGCUCAUCAUCUAGAUUUGCGUGGAAGUCAUCCGAACGACACCGUAGAGGUACGAACCGCUCGAAGCCUUAUCCUCGAAAAAAUAUCCAACUGGAUUGAUGAAUGGCAUCGCGAAUCACAUCCUCUCUAUUGUCUCGAAUUUUAA